GCUGCAACCGCCAGCUGGUGUCGCCCUGCUUGUUUGUUACUUAACCUCGCCAGGUCGCCUUCCUGAUCGCCCGCCAUCUCCUUCCUGGCCUUGGCUGUUCUGCUGCCCGCAAUGUCAUUGCCUGUUUCCCAGGACACCUGUGUUGGAUGGCGGCGCUCGGUAAGGCAACUCUUUUCCGUCCCUCCGUCACUCCGUCCUUCGUGAUCUGCGCCUCCCCCCCUCAAAAGCCUCGCUCCAACCCUCUUCUUAUCCAACUCUAUUCUUCAUUCUUAUUUAUUUAUAGCUUUGGGACGAACCAUGUCAACACUAACCCUCCGCUAGACAGUUACCCGUGGGUAGAUUCCAUGUCCCCAUCAUCCCAUUCCCAUCACCGCAGCAAUGGCUCCCAGUCCGACUCGUCAACGGUGGCUGCAUUCUCGCCCACCACCAUUUCCGGCUCCUCCUUGACUUCCAAGCGUCGCUCCAGUGUCAUCGUGCACCGGAGGUCGCCUCUUCUCGUCGCAACUCCUCCGGAAAUCACCCGUACCCUAGCGUAUUCGCAUCCGUUCAUUCUACCUUUGAAUACGCUUGCCGGGCUGUUGACAUGGACUACGGGGGACCCUUGGCAGAGCUUUCUGUUCCUGGCAGGGUUCUGGACCAUUGUCUUGUAUAGUGAUGCUGUUAUUCUGUGGGCUGGUCCCGUCGUUGUUGUAGUGAGCCUGAUCCUGGCUCUGUACACCAGACGCUACUCGCCCUUGACUUCGGUCUCUUCGUUGGGUGAGCAGCCUGGUGUGCAGAAGGGAGUUCCAGAGAAUAUUACCGCUACCCGUCAUCAUAAGAGCUUGGAUGAAAUCGUCGACACAAUGCGAACCUUCACCACCCGAUGCAAUAUCUUGAUGGAACCAAUCCUCGAACUUACCGACUUUCUUUCCACCCAGAUGACCCCUCCGUCUCCGACCACAAGACCGCCGCUUAGUGGUUUGAUCAUUCGAAUUAUUCUCGCAACGCCGAUAUGGAUAUUGCUGACUUUACCCCCGUUCUAUCUCGUAACGACUCGUCGUGUCGUGAUGAGCACGGGAACCAUUAUCCUCUCCUAUCACUCCCGCCCUGCUCGGGUCGCGCGUGUCAUUCUAUGGAGGUCAUUGACUAUUCGUCGGAUAUGUACCCUGAUUACAGGCCUUUCAUUCUCCACCACCGUGUUCGAAAGCAGGGCGCCCAAGUCGCCGGUCAAUAUAUUAUCAAAACAGCGGGGCCACACGCCUGGCAUUCGCUUUACCUUCGUCCUCUACGAAAACCAACGUCGAUGGCUUGGCGUUGGGUGGACAUAUUCCCUCUUCCCUUCUGAAUGUGCUGCCUGGACUGAUGAGAUGUUUAACCCCGCUCCAUCCAAGGACGAGUUCGAACUGCCCGAAGUGGGAAAUGAGAACACCAAAUGGCAGUGGGUGGAAGGAAGUGAAUGGCGUGUCGAACCGUCUGGUGAAGCAGAUGACAAGUCAACGGAUGGCGAGGGUUGGGUUUACUUUGACAACAAGUGGAACGAUGGUCGUCCUGGUCAAGAUGGCUGGGAUCGAUACACUCGUCGAAGGAAAUGGUUUCGUGUCGCCGAGCUCGUGGAUACUACGCCGAAUUCUGAGACUGGAUCUCUUAAAGCACCGCCAAGUCUAGCCCAUGUCUUAAGAGAGAAGGAUGUGGAUAGUACUCAUCUUGAUGCUGCGAGCAUCAGUAGUAUUAAAUCUCCCACUCCGUCGAUCUCGUCUAAACCACGGAAAAGACAUUGGUUUAGCAGCUCCAAGGGUGAGAGCGAUAAAAUCAGUAUUUCCUCUUUACCGUCUUCUGCCAAAAACUUAUCUGUUGAUCUCCCCAGAAUAAACCCUACCAAUGCUAGCGAGAGCAAAAAUGGACAGAAAACCCCAAAGCCUGGUAGCAUCAAGCAGUCCAGCAGACCACCGAGCAAUUCUGCCAAGCCUAGUCACAGCAGUUUGGUGAAAGAGGGCAGCACGCAUGGCAGCGACACCCUGAGCAUUAGAGACAAAGAAAUUAGUCAAGCUCAGGACCACCAUGACCGAUGGGGGACCAGAGCAACAGGUGGUACGGAGAGAGCGGAACGGGAGUUUGGACUCGGUGAUGAUAUUAAUAUGGGAUUAAGUUGAAUGGUUUUCCUAACGAUGCAUAGCCUAU